AUGGACGUCCUCCUGCCCACUCCUCGGCAGACCGGCACGCGCCCUGCGGAUCACAAGCAACCCUUUAUGUCGGUGGUGCCGUCCCUUCCUCACACUGAGGAGGCAGGACCGCCCGGACCUCCUCCGGAACCUCCACCUGGCGUGUCCACGGCACCUCCUCGUAGAAUGACGAGUAGCGGAUCAACGUCGUCCUGCCCAAGCUGCAGCAGCGUCUUCUCGUCCGUCCACAAUAUGAAGGCACACGGCCGACGCACUAACCCUGGCACUCCAAUCGUUGCAGAAGGCCUCACACGUGGAUUCUGCGACAGCUCCACGGUCUUCCCAACAAGUGCCUCACGCGCAGGUCACUACCGAAAAUGUCAAGCGUAUCAACGAGCAAAAAACGGACAACGCACCUCUGCAAGCUCCAAUGAAAGCCGUAGCCCUUCAGCCACUCCUCUGCUGCAACCCCCACCAGCCGCUGAGCCCCGACAAUACACGGGAGGCCCUGCCGCACACGCUGUGGGAAUGCCGCGUCCUCGACAACUGAGCAUCCGACUAUUUGGGAACACACCCUCUCGCACGACAGCAACGUUCAAGAAGGAAAAACCGGCCACAUCGCUACGGACAGCCCGCAGGCCAUUAAACGAACAGUGGCAGCAAAGUAUAACGAAACAAAUACCUCCCUUUUCUCAGCAUAGAAAAACAAUGUCACCUUCGCAAUCGCAAUUGCCACCAAUGAAUUCAUUGCGCAAUACCGCUCUGAGCUGCAAUACUUCCUGGUAUCAUCCAGGUCCCUUGUCGACACAUCGAUGCGGGUGGGCGCCCAUCCAUUCCUCCCAAUGA